AUGGAUGCUGUGGCCACUGAUUGUGCGGUGCGGUCAGAGUCGGUGGAAAAUAUGCCGCCCUCAGUGGUCACUCCGCGGUCAAUCAUCGAGUCCGCUCGGUCCACCGCUGACACCAGGAAUACAAGUGGUCUAACACCGAAUCUCGGAGGCCACGGGCCCGGAAGCGCUCCGCCAACAAUGCCUGAGGAUGACCCUCGAGAUCAUUCUGUAGCUGCCGCUCCGACAUAUUUUAACCGGAAUCCUCUGGUGGGGAGCAAUCGAUCAUUUGCAACUGAUCCGCAAGGAAAAUAUUGGUACAUGGGCCCCACGUCUUCUUGGAGCUUCUGUCAGCGUAUCCUGGGAAUGAUAGGUGCGCAUAUUUCAGAAGAAGAGCCGGUAGUCAAUCCCUGGGCCUUGGAAUCAAUUCCUUUGAAAUGGAACCCAAUUGGCUUGGAUGAACCGCCGGAAGUCGGCAGUCUGCCGUCCUUUGAAUAUGCUACUCUUUUACUUUCGACCGUGAAUUACCACCUUGGGUCAUUGUACGGGAUCAUAAAUCAUGAGUAUUUCUGCAUGCACAUGGAGAUGUUCUACAGAGAUCCUGCUAAAGAAGCGCAGGAGUCACGAUUUUGGUACGCGCAAUUUCUCCUUGUUCUCGCCUUUGGCGAAGCCUUCAUCUCAGUCGGCUCUACACAACCCAUUGCGGGGCUAAAUUACGCGGUACGCGGGUUAUCCCUGCUCCCAUGUUUUAGUCCCCUCCAAAAGAAUUCAUUGGCGGCCGUAGAGGCACUUUGUCUGGCCGCAUUAUAUGUCCAAGCGCUGGACUCCCGGUUAAUAUCAUUCCAGUUGAUUGGACAAGCCCUACGGAUAUGUGUUAUUGAGGGCUGGCAUAGACAUAUGUCUGCGCUGCAAGUUACAUCUUCGCAUGCCAAGCGGUGCACUACCAUAUUCUGGACUGCAUAUAUGAUCGACCGCGAAUUCGGAACCCUGAUUGGCGCACCUUGCUCCAUUAGAGACGAAGAUAUCACCGUGGACCUUUGCGAUCCAUCACAAUCGAACCCUGGCAAGACGGAAGCAUUGGCUCUACAGGUGCAAAUGGCUCGUUUAACUGCCAAGAUACUUACUGGCAUUUAUGGCGUGGAUAGAAGUGCGAGAGGAACUUUGCUCGUGGAUAUCCAAUCAGCUUUACACGGGAUUGCGCUGGUGAAGAAAGAGCUUGGUUCGUAUCUCGACACAAGGUUCAAAGCAACGGAUAUUCGAACAUCAAAGAUAGCAACAAACCUCACUUUGUCCUAUCAUCAUUGUGUUGUAUUGGCAACUCGUCCGCUAGUCGUGUGCGCCCUCCAUAAGUCCCUCGCCAGGGUUGACUGCAGUGUACAGAUACAAGAUGGCUCGGUGAGAUCUUUGUUGCAGUCCUGCACCGAUUCCGCCUUGAAUAUUUUGAGAAUAUUGAAGGCUCUGGGCGACAAUAACAUGGUUGAUCAUUUGCUCUCCUUGCAACUAGAGACAGCAUUCUCCUCUGCAGUUGUCCUCUAUGUUAUUGAUAAACUUCUUCCUGGGUUCCUUACCGACAACUCGUGGCUCCAGGCGGCCCAUGAGAUAUUCGACAUUAUGGUCUCGAAGGGUAGCCUAGCCGCACCUCUCCGGAGUCGAGAGUUUCAACACCUGCAACAAAAGAUGGACUCGUAUAUGAGGAAACCAUCCCAAGAAAGGACAUCAUCGAGCUCGCGGAGAGAUUCUGGACUUCAAGAAACAGACUUGAGAUCUGAUGGCGAAGCUGCAGGGUGGUUAGAAAGCUUUGCAUCAUGGGGCCCUUUAGAACAUCAUAGUGAUUUCACUUUGUCGGCGGAUGAUCUUUUGAACUUGGCUGAUGGUUUAGAAGCAGACGAAUUUCUGGUACAGGACUAA